UUAAGUUUUAAGUUCAAGGGAGAGGAAUCAACCAAGAAGCAACCAGGAAGAACCUAACCACCUCACUAUUAUUAUGGUUGACUGCUUGACUUCACUUGGCUCUUUAGUCUUCAUAUAAGCUUAGUCUUUAGCUAAGAAUUCAUCACACCACACUAACACACAAAACAUUCGAUGGCAUAUUCUCCUUUCUCUAGUUCAUCGUCUGCUUUCAAUGUUCCUCUAAUCAAACAUGAUGUCUUCCUCAGUUUUCGAGGAACAGACGUUCGCACUUCUUUUCUUAGUCAUUUGACGAAAGACUUGCAUCGUAAUCAAAUUGAUUUUUUUGUUGACGAUGAAAAGCUUCAUCCGGGAGAUGAGAUUUCACCCACCCUCCUUCGAGCAAUUGAGCAAUCAUACAUUUCAUUGGUCAUCUUCUCCGAACACUAUGCUUCUUCGAGAUGGUGUAUGGAGGAGCUUGUGAAGAUUAUUGAAUGCAUGGAACAAUAUAAAAGGAUUGUGAUACCUGUUUUUUAUAAUAUUGAUCCUUCUCAUGUAAGGCAUCAAAAAGGAAUUUUCGCAGAAGCUUUUGAUGUCCACAAAGAGAGAUACGAAGAGGAAAUUAUGCAGAGCUGGAAAUCUGUUUUGAAGAAGACGGCAAAUUUAUCUGGAAUUCAUUAUCCAUCUAAAUAUCGAAAUGAAUCAGAACUCAUCCAAGAUAUUGUCAAGAAUAUUUCGGAAAAAUUGUCGCAUCUUUUUUCAAAUGCACCCCAUGACCUUGUCGGAAUCGAUGAGCAUUUUAAAUUUCUUCAACCUUUAAUGGCAAUGGAGUCUGAUGAAGUUCGAACUGUGGGGAUUUGGGGGAUGGGAGGCAUAGGUAAAACAACAAUUGCUAGAGCAAUAUUCGACAGAUAUGGCUCUCGAUAUGAAGGUUGCUGCUUUCUAGAAAAUGUAAGAGAAGAGUCACAAAAGUCUGGUAAACACAGCUUAUAUGAGAAACUUAUUUCUGAACUACUUGAGGGAGGACAUCUUGUGAAGGGAUCAGCCCAUGAAAGAUCUAUGUCUGUAAAGAGAAGGUUGAGUCGGAAAAAGGUGCUCAUAGUGCUUGAUGAUGUGGAUGCAUUAGACAAGUUAGAUUAUCUAACAAGAGAACCAAUCUGUCUGGGAGCAGGUAGUAGGGUCAUUGUAACAACAAGAGACGAGCAAAUUCUAAUUGCUAAAGGAGUGGAUAAAAGAUACAAGGUUUGGGGAUUGAGCUUUGACAGUUCCCUUGAGCUUUUUUGCUUAAAAGCCUUUCACAAAAGCUGUCCUGAAAAUGGAUACAGAGAGCUUUCAAAAAUGGCAGUUAAUUACACAAAGGGCAAUCCAUUAGCAUUAAAAGUAUUGGGAUCCUUUCUACACUCAAGGAGCAUAAAAGAAUGGGAAAGUGCAUUGAAAAAACUCAAGGUUCAUCCCAAUGAGAACAUCUACAAUGUCUUAAAAUUGAGUUAUGAUGGAUUAGAUGAUUCAGAUAAGAACAUAUUCCUUGACAUUGCAUUCUUUUUCAGAGGAGAAAACAAGGAUAAUGUUAUAAGGUUUCUAGACUCUUGUGGUUUCUAUGGCGACAUUGGAAUAAGCACUCUUCAGCGUAAAGCUCUUAUAACUAUUUUUGGCAAUAAAAUAGGAAUGCAUGACUUGAUACAACAAAUGGGUUGGGAAGUCGUUCGCCAAGAAUCAAAUAAGGAUCCUGCAAAACUCGCUCGAAUAAAUAAACCUGAAGAUUUCUGCAACUUAUUGAAAAAUAGCGAGGAAAAAAGUUUAGUUGGAGGCAUUCUGAUAGACAUGUCUCAAACUAAAAAUAUACGCUUGAAUGCGAACACCUUCAGAAAUAUGCCUCGCCUAAGAUUUCUUAAACUUUAUACCCCUCCGUUUGAAAGAUCAUGGAAUUUGUUUGUUCCUACCACUCUUGAGACAUUUUCCGAUGAACUAAGAUAUUUGGAAUGGCAUCAAUAUCCUUUGAGUUCUAUGCCGUCAGCAUUUUGUGCUGAAAAUCUUAUUGAGUUUCACAUGCCAGGAAGUCAGGUUACUAAACUCUGGGAUGGAGUGCAGGAUCUUGUGAAUUUAAAGAAACUUAACCUUUGGAAAUGCGAACAGUUGGUGAAAAUUCCAGAUCUUAGUAAGGCAACAAAUCUUAAAUGGAUAGACAUCUCCUAUUGUAAAAGUGUGGUUGAACUUCACCCAUCUAUUUUAUCUGUCCCAAAACUUGAACAAUUCAGUUCUUCUAGCUGCACAGAACUAAAGAGUUUUAAAGGGGAUAUUCGUUCCAAGUCUCUUAAAACACUUAAUUUUAACGGUUGCUCAAGCCUAGAGGAAUUUUCGGUGCUGUCAGGGGAGCUGAGUUCUUUGACUUUCGAAAGCUGCAGACUUAGGAAUCUUCCAAAUGAGUUAUGCUGCCUUAUAUCUCUGGAAGUACUUCAUCUUUAUGAAUGCCAAGAGCUAAUCGAACUUCCUCGAAAUCUGAAAGCCUUAUCAAGAUUGAAGAGAUUGAAAGUAAGAUCUUGCACUAGGCUUAGAUCUAUACCUGAACUUCCAGCAUCUAUGAGAGAACUACAUGUUGAUGGAAGCACAUCACUGAAAACAAUAUUCAGUUUAAAGGCAGUAUUCAGUUUAAAUAGGAGACAGAUCUCAUUUGAAAAUUGCUUGAGAUUGGAUGAAGAGUCACUGAAUGAUGUUAUGGAAGAUGCCCGUCUCACUACAUUCAGAAAUAUAUUGUUGUUGUCAUCACAAACUCUUAAUUUGCUGGAUUCUGAUGACGAAAACAUGAGAUGUGAAGUUUGUUAUCCAGGGAGCACGGUGCCAGAGUGGUUCAGAUUUCGGACAACAGAAGGAGCUUCCAUAAGGGUUGAAAUAGAUAAACCUUACCACCAGUUGUUGGGUUUCUUUGUCUCAUGUGCUGUUUCUCAAGAGUUCUCUCCUUAUUACAGUGUCCAUUGUGAAUACGACUUGGGAGACGGUGAAAAGUACCCACAUGGAAGUUAUUAUUCACACCGUGUAGACAAAAGAUGGGACUCUGAUCACGUUUUUCUUUGGUUCCAUCCAUUUUAUAGUUGCCGAAUAUUGAGGGCCAUUGAAAGGUGCAUAGGCAGUGAUGACGGCAGCAGCACUUGGAACCGAACUAUUUCAUUCACAUUCACUGCCGAAGGAUUUAGAUCUACACCGGAAGAUUUUUUCAUUAAAGGCUGUGGGGUUUUCCCAAUAUAUGCCUCAGAUGUCCUCGAUCUCAUUCCAAAACUGCAAUUGGAGUUAAACUUGAACCCUUCUCAUAAAUCCAUGGUAUGGGAGGGUCUUCAAGAUUUGGAUCUCCAUGUACUGGAAAGUAAGAUGGUUCGGAAGAUUAAACUUGAACCCUUCUCAUAAAUGUGUGAUGAUGAUGACAGCACUAGCAACCAAAAGAUGUCUUUCAGAUUCUUGGGACUGCCACACCUUUUUUCUGAAGCUAAGGUAAACAAAUUAUAUAUUGUUGGUGGGUCCCCAAUCUCAAGUGGGGCCCACACAACUUAAAAAAAAAAAAGAAAAAUAAAGGAAAGAAAGUGGCCUAA